UAUUUUUGCUGUCGCCCAAAAGCAUCCAUGGCUUAAAUGGCCGCUGUCGAGCAGCAGUACCUCAGCAGCAGUGGCGAUGUGUUGCUGCGGCCUGCGGAGGUGCCUGGCGCGGACAUCAGCUGCCUCGCUUGGUCGCCCGUCCAGAACCUGUUGGCGGCGGGCGCCUGGGACAAGACCGUGUCCCUGUGGGAGGUGCUUCCGGCGGAGGCGGUCGCCAGGGCGCGCUACUCGCUGGAGGCGCCGGUCCUAUGUUGCAGCUUCAGCGAUGGGCAGCAUCUUAUCAGCGGUGGCUGUGAUCACAAGGUCACGGUCAGAGAUUUGCAAGCCCAGCAGAGCAUGGAACUGGGCCGCCACUCUGCGCCUGUGAGAUAUGUCUCCAACCUGGAGGAGCAUCAGCUGGUGGUGUCUGGUAGCUGGGACAAGACGGUGUGCUUUUGGAGCCCCCAGCAGCAACAGCCGGUGUUCACCUUGCAGCUGCCGGAGCGCGUCUUUGCGAUGGACGUGAAGUUCCCGCUGAUGGUGGUCGGCUGCGCUGACCGGCAAGUUCUCACCUUCGACCUCUCCCACUUGAGGUCUGAGCUUGCGCCGACCUCUUCCACCUUCAGCGGCCUGAAGAUGCAGACGAGGUCGGUGUGUUGCUUCCCGGACAAGUCCGGCUUCGCGCUUGGUGGUAUCGAGGGCAGGUGCUGGGUGAAGAACUUGGAGGACUCCUCCAAGAGCUUCACCUUCAAGUGCCACCAGUUUCCCGACAGCGCCCGUGCGGUGAACGCGUUGGACGUACACGCGGCGCAUCCGUCCUUGCUGGCCACGGCGGGGGGAGAUGGGAGCUUCAUCUUCUGGCAGAAGGCCGACAGGAAGCUGCUGAAGCGCUUUGAACCCAGUAAAGUCUCCCUGACGGCGGGGAAGUUCAAUUCCUCAGGUUACCUCUUCGCCUACGCGGUGUCCUAUGACUGGAGCAAGGGCCAUGAGGCCUUCCGGGAGGAUGCGCCCCGCCAGGUGGGCAUCCACCAGUGCAGGCUGGAGGAGUUGGCCUACGUGACAUGAGGUGAAGGCUGAAGCCGCCAGUUAAAAGCCACGGCGAA